CUCGAACUUAAAGUCUCAUCUCAUCCCAACCUUUCGUGACGACAGAUAAAAAGCGUGCCGUCUGCCUAACCAAAACAGCAUAUGCGAAAUCAGCAAUGGUAUAGCCCAUAAUACCUGGCUGUCUGACGAAUAGGCUGACGCCGCACAGCAUAAUCACUCAGCUGUUCAUUGUCGACUACGUUAUGUCUACACCACUGUGUAAGCUGGUGUGGCACAGAGCUGUCAUACCCCAUAUGUCUCCAGGGCGAGCAAUUAGGCCAGUGCAUGUAUCCUCCAUGAUCACAAGAUCAGAUUCCUCGAGAAGUGCCGCGUAUCUAGGUCUCACGAGCUUACAAGUGUGCCCUAUAUCUUGUCGCACGGGUCUACAAUGAAGGUAGCAUCUGGCCUCGGCUUCACCAAAGCUCUGUGCUACGGAUCCUGUAUCUUGUCCUCAAACGUCUUUGCAAUUCAAUUCGAAACGGCCGGUUCGUGGGAUGCGCCAGCCUUCGUUCCGAGCCCGCUGGUGCCAGAAAAGCUUAACGGAUAAAGGAGGAGCCUCGUAAUUAG